AUGAGCGCAGUGAGCAGACGCCCCAAGGGUGUGAUCUCCUCCGGCAAGGAGUUCAACAGCUUCGAGGAGUUCUUCCCGUUCUACAUGCAGGAACACUCGAACCGAACGAAUCGCCGCUUGCACUUCAUCGGCACCAGUCUGGCUCUGCUCUCGCUGGCUAUCCUCACCUUCCUCGGCCUCUACAAGUUCCUCUUCGCUCCCUUCGUCUUGGGCUACGGCUUCGCCUGGGUUGGUCACUUCUUCAUUGAGAAGAACAAGCCCGCCACUUUCAAGCACCCUUUCUACUCGCUCAUGGGCGACUUCCAGAUGUGGUACAACAUCAUCACCGGCAAGCAGAAGUUUUGA